AUGGAAUCAAUUCCUCGGUCUCACGAUUAUGAGAAGCUUGAUUUCAGCGAAAAUCCAUUCGAAAAACUCCCGAGGGAAUUGUUGUUGCCAAUUGUUAAGUUCACCUCUGAUUUGGCAUCGGUCUGGAGCUUGAGUUCAGUUUCGCCGGCGGUUCAUUUGCUUAUUGAUGAUUUCGGCAAGGAGAUUGUGGAGACGAUCUUAGAAGCGAGUGAGCCAAAGCAGAUCCGAGUUCUUUUCACUCACAUCUAUUUUGUUCACGAUGUUGAACCGCCAUCCUGGAUAGAAUUGAAAAGGAUUACCCGAGCGAUUUGGUAUAUACAAGCAAUAAUUCCGGAAAACUUCAAUGGCCCAGCUCAGACUUUGAUAGCCUCCGAAAUAUGGAUACUAAAAUCUUUAUGGGAGAUGCACAGCUUUAUACCGCAAAAAAAUGCGGCUUUGACUGUUGCACUUUAUUUGAGCGAGGCGCAUGAGGACUUUCUGGACCAGCCCGAGAAGUAUUUGACCUCUUUUUCACAACUUCCUGAUCCCGUCGAUGCGCUUGUUUUGGUUUUGCCCAUAGAGCAAAAGUUUGAAGAUCCGAAAUCCGAUUUAUGGAGACAAAGUAUUUCUCAUUUGGAUGAUUUUCGAGGAAUACCGGGCCUUUUUGUUCCCAGGAGAACAACCACCGUACCACCACUUCUAGGGUUUGCGAUCUGGGAUCGAAAGAGAAUGUUUUGUUUUGGACUCGCUAACAAAGAUGGACAACCAGAAAUAAUUUAUAAUGUCAGAGAGUUGAUUUUCAAGUAUUUGAGUAUCUUACCUCCAGAAUCAGCAGUCGAAAGGUUUUAA